GAUGCCACUCUAAAUGAAUCGUUUGAGAAAACGUGCCUCGAAACAAGACACAAAGAAACUGGACAAUAACAGGACUGUUGUGGAUUCUGAGUGAGCACUAAAAACUUUGAAUACUAAAGCAGUGGAUUCAUCAUUGUAAGGAAACAGUUGUCAAGGGUGAUGUAAACAGCGCGGUGGAGCUGGAGUGUGUGCAGUGCGCACGCGCUGAACGAGCGUUUCUCAUCUCCGCAGCUCCACGGGCCGGUUGGCAGGCUGGCCGCACCGGUGACCUUAUCGAUUUCAACAGACUGCUUCUGGCGGGUGUCAAAUCCAGAGGUGACCGUCGCAGUCCAGGUUGAAAAGGGAAAGACUUGCCUAUUUUGUGAGUGAUAUGAGAAAUUAACUCAAGCAUGCACCAACAUAUGCAAGUGCAACCCUUGGAAGGAAGAGCUCGUUGUAAUUAUGUAAAUCUGCCUAUGUUAAAUGGGGACAGACUGAAGACAGCUAAGACUCUAGUGGACAAGGCUAUAAAGGAAAAGAAAGUGUUCUCGGUGCUGGGUCCCUAUCCUAUAAUCCGUGCAGGCCUGCGUGCAAGAGGAUGGGUGGAGCGGCGCCUACCACGGCCCUCUGUCCCCCAGCCACGUCGACAUGAUCUUGAAACAGAAGCCACAGAUGAGGGAGACAGCAGUGAUGAUGAUGACUUUGGAGAAGAGGGAGAGAGGUACGAUGAGGCAGAUGAUCUGUACGAUAUAAUGACACGGUUGGUUCGCAAUGAGACGCCAUAUUUCUACUGGACAACCAGGAGGGAUUCAAUCGACUGUCGGUCUUUACGUAAAGACCAGAUGACCAAUCAUUACGCAAAGGCAGGAUCUUUCACCACCAAGGUUGGUUUGUGUAUACAUUUAAGAAAUCUGCAGUGGUUUGAUGAAGCAGAUCCCGAUACAUUUUUCCCACGCUGCUACAGACUGGGGGCGGAGGAUGAUAAACAUGCUUUUAUUGAGGACUUCAGAAGAACUGCAUGCACAAGUCUACUGCUGUAUGUUUUGGAGAAGUAUGGAGGGGAUUCAGAGGGGAAGAGAACCGGAGAGAUGUAUGAUGCUAAAUCUCAUGGUCUGAGCAAGCUGCGUAAACAGCAUGCCAAUCAGACGGUUGGAACCUCGAUAAUUGACAAUGCAUUGGAUAUAUGUCAGGAGUAUCUUAAGAGUUUAGAACACUGUGACAUAGACAACACUUUUGAAACAAUCCCUACCCUCUCAGAGCAACAGUGGAAGGUGUUUCUUCGGAAUUAUUAUUUGGUUAUUCAUGAAGGACUGAUGAUAGAGGGCUGUGAAGCUUAUGUGGAGCGUUGUAAAUGCAUGCUGGAGCAGAUGAGUUGUGUUUGCCCUCAGAUGGAGACUGAUGGACUCUGCAACAUCUGGAUCAUUAAACCUGGGGCCAAGUCACGAGGCAGAGGUAUAAUGUGCAUGAACAGGUUGGAUGAGAUAUUGAGUUUAGUAAAUGCAGACCAUGGCAUUAUGAAGGACAGUAAGUGGGUGGUGCAGAAGUACUUGGAGCGGCCUCUCCUCGUGCAUGACACUAAGUUUGAUGUAAGACAGUGGUUCCUGGUCACAGACUGGAACCCUCUUACUGUGUGGUUCUACCGUGAGUGCUACCUCCGCUUUUCCACCCAGCCUUACUCCACUCAUACACUGGAUAGUUCUGUACAUCUCUGCAACAACUCCAUCCAGAAGCAUUUUCAACCAAGCCCAGAUCGCAAUCCUUGUCUACCCGCUGAGUGCAUGUGGUCAUGUUCACAGUUCCGCUCCUGGUUGGCUGCUUCAGGCCAGGAUAUUCUGUGGGAAGGGGUGGUUGUUCCAGGUAUGCAGAAGGCCAUUAUCCAAACUCUCUUGACUGCACAGGACAGUGUGGAACCUCGCAAAAAUAGUUUUGAGCUCUACGGAGCUGACUUUAUGCUGGGACGGGAUUUGCGACCUUGGCUGUUGGAGAUCAAUGCCAGCCCCACCAUGGCACCCUCCACAGGGGUCACCGCUCGACUCUGUCCCGCUGUACAGGAAGACACCUUGCGGGUGGUACUGGAUCGACGCUGUGACCGCAACGCUCACACUGGUGGCUUCCAACUCAUAUACAAACAGGCAGCAGUAGAAGUUCCUCAGUAUGUGGGAGUGAAUCUUCUCGUAGAGGGGACUUCAAUCAGGCGUCCUCGAGCACCUGUUUACAAGCCUCUUACUCAGUCUCUCCCUGAUCCGCCAUCAAAAUCCAGCAGUUACAAGUCUUCGCUCAUAAGCAGCCAUUGCAUUUCUGGUAAGGAGAACCAAUCAGAAGAGGUAAAGAAGGCCUGUGCUACCCUCUCCUCCCGUAAAGUCAUGUUAGAGAAGUCUUUGGGCUUUCAACCUAAACUGAGGAAACGUCCCCACAGACUCGUCUUGCCCUCAACCUGUUGUGUCCUUCCCAACCCAGCAGAAUUUCAUCCUCAAAAGCUCUCACACACUCACACCCAGCCCAAUCACCCCACUUCACACAGGACACGAAGCAACCUUCCAUCGCUUUACCGUCCAACCCUAUCACUGGACGUAAUAAAUCUACAACCCAGACAAAUGCUCACCUCCGGGCACUACAAACAUGAAACGCAUAAAGUCAGUAUAUCUUAUCCUGUCUUGCGUAUGCAGAAAUACCUGUCGCUAAACCAUAGACUGACUAUGGACACUUUUACGGACAGAGAAGGGCCGAAGUCAUCCUGAUGAACCUUUUGAAGAACAUGAUUUAAUUCAAACAGAUUCCUGUGUGAUAAUAUGACCUAAAAGGAAUGAAGAAGUUUUAGAUCGCAUCAGUUGUAUUGUGAGUUUAUAUUUCAGUGCACUGUAUUUAAAACCCAUAUCCCUUGGCAAUCUACUUUCAAAAAUAAGAAAAAACAUAUUAGUUGAGGAAGAGGAUUCCAGCACCUUUUUCUUGAGCACAAGCUUUUUUUCUUUUUUUUUUACCAGUUUUCUUUUAAAAAAAUCCUUUGCAGAAUAUUGAAUCGUCACUUCCACAUAAUUUAUGCAUACUUUGGCCAGUUUCUGUUAAGUUCCAAAAAAGACCAAAAAGCACAUAAUAGUAUAUAGACCAUAUUUGGCUGAGAUGUAACUAUUUUAAAAUCUGGAAUCUGAGGGUACAAAAAAAAGAGUAUUGAUAACAUCACCUUUAAAGUUGUCCAAAUGAAGUUCUUAGCAAUGCAUAUUACUAAUCAAAUAUUAGGUUUUGAUAUAAUUAUGGUAGGAACUUUACAAAAUAUCUUAAUGGAACAUGAUCUUUACUUCCUAAUGAUUUUGGGCAUAAAAGAAAAAUGGAUAAUUUUGACCCAUAUAAUAUAUUGUUGGCUAUUGCUACAAAUAUACCUCUGCUACUUAUGACUGCUUUUGUGCCCCGGGGACACAAAUAUACUGUAGUGUAGUGUAGUGUUUACUGUAUUAGUUCCGUCUGUUCGUGAAUCUGCCACUAGAUGGCGCCCGAUAUCGAGAAAUUACCGCUAUGCCCUUCUGCACUACGCAGCAUGUAGUGUUAACUACAUAGCUAGGGUCUAGGGAAUGAGUUCAUUGAGCGACACAUUUGACUAUACAACAGUUUGAGAAUUUUAACCUUUUGGGAAAACACAUCUUAAACAUAAUGCAUGGAAUUGAAUGUAAGAUAUAUAGUAGUACUGUUAUGGAAUACCUAAUACCUUCUGUAAAAUACUGAAAUGGGAAAUUUGUACUAUAGUAUUAAGCUUAAUGGUGCUAAAUUUUGUAUUCUCCAGAAACAAUCAGGAUGUUUCCUUAUGAGCUGUUCGUUCAGUGUUACUGGAAACACUAGUGACAUUCUCAAAAUUUUAACUUUUUAUGCAAUUCGAAUAUUAAAAAAAAAAAAAACUAUUCGAUUUUUUAAAUAACUGUUUUUGCACUAUUAUGAUGGUAAACCUUUAACCAAACUCACCACUAGAUGGAGGUAGCAUUCAUCUUCGUAAUUUUUGUCAAGGCUCGUCAUGGGUAUAAAUAAAAUAGUAUCUUUACAUGCUACAUCCACUGUGAUGGUUUGCUGUAAUAUGUGUUUAUACAGUUUAGUAUGUCAAAAUGUCAAAUAGACAGGGCUUUAAGGACAUUUUUGUAUUUUUGCAUCAACCUGAUCAUCUUGAAAUUCUAAAAUAGAAGGCAACACUUGAACUCCUUGAAAUCGCUGAAAUAUUUGUGUGACUUAUGCUCACUUAAGUCUCAAUUGUUGUUUUACCCGACAUAUAAUAUAUAUCAUUUCGUAUUUAUUAUAUUUCAUUAUUUUUAUCCAUUAACACAGAUUUUUAUCAAGACAUUUUCAGAAUGUUUGCAUUUGACUGUAAUUUAGAGACACUGCACUCAGUCACAUAUCUAACACAAGUAAAUAGAGACAUGCUGAAAACUUUCAUAUCAACAAAAACUCGUUUAUAUACACACGUGCGUAGACACUGUUACAAAUAUGACUCACUUUUACCAUUUAGCAGAUCUUAAGAUCUUCAAAAAAUUUUGGUCUGAUUAGGAAAAGCUUAUAGUUAAAAUCUAAAGUAUUUUAUGAGGGAAUUAUCUUUUAGUAAAUAUGAAGUUCCCACUGUCCACCAAGCUUUUGCAUGGCAAAACUCUUGUUUCCUUUUAUCACUUUAGAGUUUCUGUACUGCAUUAUUCCACGGAGGUAGGCGUCUGUGAACUCUGUGUAUCCUACAGAGGCACAACUAAUAUGCACCACCAACCAUGGCCAUAAAAACCCAUAGUUAUACUUACAGCAUGCGCCCAUACAUGCUUAAACAAGUCAAACGCUUUCUUAAUUUUCUGUUUCCUGAAUUAUUUCAGUUAUAUUAUUCAUACAAAUAAUUUCAAAUUGUGUAUAGGUCUAAAUAUAUAUUUAUAUAGAAAAGAAAUGUAUUCAUGUUUCUGUAAGCCUUGUACUUACAUUUAAGUAUCUCAUACAUGCAAGUCUUGACAAGUAAUUUCAGAGCUGAAAAAAGUAGGCAUGUAUGCACACAUUUUUUACACUUCUUCUAGAGAGUUGUCUUGCUUUUCUAUGCACCAUCAGCGCUGCUGUGAUUUAUUGACAGGCCAAGCAGUCAGCGAAUGUCAUUUCUCUGCUUUGGCUUUUCCUCAAAGAUUCUUGACUGUCUUCCAUGAUGGUUUGACAGAAGUUCUUUGGAAGUACAGCAUGGCAAGUACUGUAUCAAAAGGCUGGAAUGCCAGGUCAGUGACCCAUUGAGCUGUUAACUGAAUGGGAUAAUUAAACUAGGAGAGAGACAGAUAGCUGGGAGCAAUGGAUUUAAGUGUAAAAAAAGAAUCAUGAGACUAAAAUAACAUCUUACACACUUUACAUACCGCAUGUUCAGGUGAAGAAUGACAACUUGAUAAGUAUAAAUGAGCAGGAUAUUGGGCAGAAUUGUUCAGUUUAGCGGUGAACAUGCUUAUCAUGUAUAAUCAGUAGCCAUCUAAUAAUUUUUAGCAUUACUAAUUGUUCAUUAGCAUGAAUUUUAUUAUAUUUUUUAUUAUUUGGAUUUUAUUUAUUAUAUAAAUAUUUUAAUUUAUUAUGUUGUGUUUCUUUUUUAUAAGCAUGAAACUGUUUUUAGGGAGAGUUCAGGAAAAUCUGGGGCAAGGCUGAUUCUUUUUUCAGUAUUCAGGAUGACUGCAUUUUGUAUUCAAGAUUGCAUGUUAAUAAAA